CACCAAAGGUGGAUCCUGCUAACAGGAGACACUGGAUCGUGACCAUAGCGUCUCUGUCCCCAGCUCUGGGGAGAGCCCCAUCUUAGCAAGUGGCCCUCGGCGCAUCCGACAGCUUCGCCAGCAACGCGGAGGCCGCGCGGUUUCAUCAUUAAUGCUCCUGAAGGACAAUAGCUCAUCAAGCCCCACCGAAAGCCCCGGACCCGUCGCGGAGCCUUGGGCUGGCGGGGGAUGAGGCUGAGCGACUCCUCCUAGAGGUGGUUAUGUGGAGAAGGAGCAAUCCCUUCUCCCUCCUCCUCCUCCCCCUGCUACUAUCCGCGGCCCGGAGAACUGCCGCUUGCCGCCAUUGACACGCACAGAUAGAGCCCAAAGAAAGGCAAAGAGUCCUGCCCGGCACCGGCGCCGCGCGGGCCGAACCUGCGCCGGGGAGGGGCGCGCAGAGGUGCACCGGGCGCCCGGAGCCGGCGGCGCAGCACCAGCAUUCUGUUGGUGCCGGGGAAGCCACUGGGUCAGCAAGCUGAGAGGGAAACCGAGGCAAGAUGUCGGGCCGAAGUGGGAAGAAGAAAAUGUCCAAGCUGUCCCGGUCAGCCAGGGCCGGCGUCAUCUUCCCGGUGGGCAGGCUGAUGCGCUACCUGAAGAAGGGGACGUUCAAGUACCGGAUCAGCGUGGGCGCCCCAGUCUACAUGGCGGCUGUUAUAGAGUACCUGGCAGCGGAAAUUCUAGAAUUGGCUGGGAAUGCCGCGAGGGACAACAAGAAGGCCCGGAUAGCUCCGAGACACAUCCUGCUGGCAGUUGCCAAUGACGAGGAGCUCAACCAGCUGCUAAAAGGAGUGACCAUUGCCAGUGGAGGCGUCCUGCCCAGAAUCCACCCUGAGCUGCUGGCCAAAAAGCGGGGGGCCAGAGGCAAGUCUGAAACAAUCCUCUCCCCUCCCCCAGAGAAAAGAGGCAGGAAAUCCACGUCGGGCAAGAAGGGGGGAAAGAAAUCCAAGGCUGCCAAACCAAGGACGUCCAAAAAGUCCAAACCAAAGGACAGCGAUAAAGAAGGAACUUCAAAUUCCACCUCUGAAGAUGGGCCAGGGGACGGCUUCACCAUCCUGUCUUCUAAGAGCCUUGUCCUAGGCCAGAAGCUGUCCCUGACCCAGAGUGACAUCAGCCAUAUUGGCUCCAUGAGAGUGGAGGGCAUUGUCCACCCAACCACAGCCGAAAUUGACCUCAAGGAAGAUAUAGGUAAAGCUUUGGAAAAGGCUGGAGGGAAAGAGUUCUUGGAAACAGUAAAGGAGCUUCGUAAAUCCCAAGGGCCUUUGGAAGUUGCUGAAGCUGCAGUCAGCCAGUCCAGCGGCCUAGCAGCCAAGUUUGUCAUCCACUGUCACAUCCCUCAGUGGGGCUCCGAUAAGUGUGAAGAACAGCUUGAAGAGACCAUCAAAAACUGCCUCUCGGCGGCCGAGGACAAGAAGCUCAAGUCCGUCGCAUUCCCACCUUUCCCCAGCGGCAGGAACUGCUUUCCCAAACAGACGGCGGCCCAGGUCACCCUGAAGGCGAUCUCGGCGCACUUCGACGACUCCAGCGGCUCCUCGCUGAAGAACGUGUACUUCCUGCUCUUCGACAGCGAGAGCAUCGGCAUCUACGUGCAGGAGAUGGCCAAGCUCGACGCCAAGUAGCCGCCCAGCGGGAGCCGACACGAUGCCAGUCACCGCAGCGGGGUUUUAGUCUUUCCCGGGAGAGAGGAAGGGGGCCGCCGGCGGGGGGCGGAGGGCGGCCGCGCGGGGCAGCGGGUUUCCGGGGCUGCGCGGGCGGCGGGGGCGUCCCACCCCCACCGAGCGCCCCUUCAGAGAGCCUCAGCCUGCAACUAACCAGGUCUCCACAGGGGUUUCUUUCCACGUGUUUUCUUCCUGUUGUUUUAGAACUUUUUAAGGAAACAGACCUCGUUUUAGAUUUAUAGCAUCGACUUUUACACACACCCACACACCCAAAAUCCUUUCAAAGUUCUUAAAAUCGUCUGAUCCUCCUUUCUCCAAGGGAAGAGGGCAUAAAAGUGACUUGGGUUUUGUUUGUUGUUUGUAUUGUAUCAUGGAGAGAAAAAUGGAAAGACAUUUCACUGGUGCUUUUCUCUUCUGUUUUAGUGCCCCCAAGCCCCUACCCUGACCCCACCCCCACCCCAAUAAUAUCUGUAAGUACUCCUAAAAAAAGUUUUUGCUUCAGGCUUUUGUUUUGUUUUGUUUU